AUGUCUGAAAAAGAAUUUGAUAAAACCUUAAAGCUAACAAAUUAUGCACUAAUAAUGUCUGGUAUUAAAACCUCAAAGAAUGACAUGAAUAAAGCUCUCGAAUACUUUAUAAAUCACUAUCUAUUUUACUGCAAUGCCAUAGCUUUACAUACAGUAAUUUUCGGCGAAGUCUACUGGAUUGUCGACGGCAUAAGGACCAACCAUCCUUUCGUGGAAUUGUCCUUAGUGUCACCAUGUGCAACAAUAAGCAUACUGAGCACAAUAAAAUGCGGCUUCAUAUUCUCAAAUAAAGGGAUAUUAAUGCGAGUAGUCCACAAACUCAAAGAGAUUCAUACAUCUUUUGAUGACAAUGAACUUUCAAAAGAAUCGGCGCCCAGGACCAAAAUUGUGACGGAUUCAUUGAAAUUGUUGCAAUUCGUGCAAAUUUCUUUUGCUACAAUCUACAUAUUUGUAUUCUUUUCCUUCUGUUUUAUACCAGUAAUAUUGGCUGAGUAUAAUUAUUAUAGAACUGGUGAAUUUGUGGUAACAUACCCGUUCUUUGUGAAAUAUCCUUUCGAUUUCGAUGUUCAUCAUUGUCCAGUGUGGCAGCUGAUUUAUUUCCAUCAAGUUUGGGCAACUGCCAUAGUAAUAAUGAGCAUGUUUGGAUGUGACUCCCUCUUCUACGGUUUGUGUGUGUACAUUAAGACCCACUUCCAACUGCUUGGACUUCGCUUUGAGAACAUCGUGGGUGCAACGAAGAGUGAAACUCAGAGGAAUUUGGCGAAGGCUGUGGUAAGACACCAGGAGCUUAUUGACCUCGUGAAUCAAAUGGAACUGUUAUAUUCGAAAUCAUCGCUGGUCAAUAUAAUCACCAGCUCCAUACUUAUUUGUCUCAGUGCUUUUAAUAUUACGGUAGUAGAUAAACUGAACGUAAUAUUGGCGUUCGUCACCUUCCUGGUGAUGAGUUUGUCACAAAUAUCACUGGUGUGCUACUUCGCGGAUCUAUUGAUGGUAGCGAGCAUGGAAAUAAGUGGAUCGGUGUACAGAAGUCCAUGGUAUGAGGCGGAUAACCAUUCGAAGAAGAUUUUGCUGCUGGUGAUUAUGAGGUCUCAAAAGGCAUGCAAGCUGACUGCUUGGAAGUUUGCAGACCUCAACUUGGGGGCAUUCACUACGAUUUUGAGCAGAUCAUGGUCAUAUUUUGCUUUACUGAAGACGGUUUACAAGUAAUAAACCGCUGGAACAGUCAUUGCGUCUGCUUGUCUAUAAGGAAUCAAUAAAUUAAAAUAAAAUAUUGGCACGGAUUUUCAUACGAUCACUAAGAGAUUAACUACUUGAAGAGAAAAAUAGAAGUCCGUCUCAAGAUGUAGAAAAAGUAUUUUGAUAUCGUAGUCUUUCUU